GGGUUCAGUCGCCGACAUCUCCAUCGGAACCAAUCAGACUACCUGGCGGGUCCUGGGUUGUUGUUGCUGAGCUGUCACAGUUUUGUAAAACAUUAUAACAUAUUGUAAAGCAUGGCGUCGUUUGUGACUGAAGUGCUCGCCAGCUCUGGCAAACUGGAGAAAGAGGACCUGUCCGGUAAAAUAAGUAAAAUGUCGCGUAAGGUGGAAGAUACAAAGGAAGAAGUGUGUGACAUGAUAAAUAAGAAGUAUACUGACUUCCUACCUAGUCUUCAAGCGUCUGAGGACCUAAUGGUACAGGUUGAUGAGAUCUCCAAAGAAAUGGAUGCCCUUAAAAACUGCAUUGAGAAUGAGGUGCAGCAGAACAUCCACGUGGCUGUGACCGAGUAUGCAAAGCUCAAGCAGCAGCUGGAAAAAAAUACUGUCGUCAUAACAAUGCUUGGACACCUAAAGGAGUUUCACAAUGCAAUGGAGGAGUUCAAUAAAGCUUUACUGGACAAGAAAUAUGUUGAUGCAGCCAACAGACUGGAACACGCAAAAGCCAGUGUGGCUUCCCUGAAGGACUGGAAGACUUCCCAGCUGCCGCUGCUCAGUGCUCUCAGCUCUGAGUUGACGGUGCAGAGAGAAAACUUAAUUUACCACCUGGGAGACGAAUGGAAGCGCCUUGUCAUUUGGAGAUUACCCUCUUCAAAGGACCCUGCAGGUCUGAAGUCCUUCCUGAAGGUGGAGCUGAACCUGAGCCAAGCUGGCAGUAAGGACGGUGAACCAAAACCACCUGCACUGCUGCGCUGCGUCCUGCAAGCUCUGGCCAUCCAGGGAGACCUCCAGAACAAGAUCAAACUCUUCAGUCAGGUGCUGUUGAAGAACAUGUUGAAGCCGUUGGUGAUUUACCCGUCGCUGUCGGUGACAGUAACAGAGCAGCCGGAUGAGGGAAUCAUCCUGGCCUUACAGUGUUUGGAGGAGAGUCAAGAAGAGAGAUCCACUCCUUCACAAGUCUACAGCAAACUGCUCCUGGUGCUUAAGACGCUUCAUACACACCUGCUAGAUGUGUCCAUUGGUGAUAAAAAGCUGUCGGCCAUCUUGGGGGAGCUGAUAUGGCAGGAUAUUUCUCAAUGCAUCAUCCAUGAGUGUCUGCUCUACUCCAUCCCCACCAACAGCAGCCAGCUGGAGAAAUACAACACUGUGAUCAAGGAGACUGAGGAGUUUGAGAAGUCCCUGAAGCAGAUGGAGUUUCUGCAGGGCGAUUCCACAGACCUGCUCAAAUAUGCCAGAGAUGUCAACUGUCACUUUGCCAGCAAGAAGUGCAAAGACGUCAUCGUGGCUGCCCGCAAACUCAUGACCUCCAAGAUGCACAACACAGUCAAAAUCACACCAGACUACAAGCUGCGUCUUCCCAAGCUGCCUGCUCCGGGUUCAGAGGUGAAGGUGAAGCAAGACAUUAAAAAGGAAGAGAUAAUGACGAUGGAGAACACAAAGCAGCUGUCCGCCUGCAGUAUGUGUCUGCCAGCCUGUCGCAUCAGCGAGUCAGUGCAGCAGCUGAUGGAUCUCGCACUCAACACCCUGUGUGAAGCUGUUGGAAGCUCCACCUAUUGUGCGUUGCAGCUCUUCUUCACCGUGAGAAACAUCUUCCAGCUGUUCUACGACGUCGUACCGACUUACCACAAAGAGAACCUGCUCAAGUUCCCUCACCUGGCUGCCAUCCAGCACAACAACUGCAUGUACCUGGCCCACCACUUGCUCACCCUGGGCCACCAUUUCAAAGCUCACCUGCCGCAGCCCCACAGCGAAGGCAUCGCAACAUUUGUUGACAUGGUGCCCGGAUUCAGAAAACUGGGUGCCCGCUGCUUCUUAGCACAGAUGAACGUCCAGAGAGCUGAGCUGUUGGAGAGACUUUCCACCGCUCACAACUUCUGCAACCUGGAUGACGAAGACAACUACAUUGCAGCCAGCAAAGCAGUAAGACAGGUCAUCCAUCAGUUGAAGCAGUUGGGCACAGUGUGGCAGGAUGUCCUGCCUGUCAGCAUCUUUUGCAAAGCUAUGGGCAACCUCCUCAACACAGCCAUCACAGAAAUCAUUGCCAAAAUCAUGAUGCUGGAGGAUAUUUCCUCUGAGGAUGGGGAGCACCUCCACACUCUGUGCCAGAACAUCAUCGAGGAGGGUCCGCUGGUCUUCAUUCCUCUGGCUGAAGAGAACAAGAACAAGAAAUAUCAGGAGGAAGUUCCUCUCUAUGUGAAGAAGUGGAGUACCUUCAAGGAGCUGGUCAUCGUGCUGAGGGCCAACCUGCAGGAGAUAGUUGACAGGUGGGCUGACGGUAAAGGUCCGCUGGCGUUAGAGUUCUCCAGUUCCGAGGUGAAGAAUCUGAUCCGAGCCUUGUUCCAGAACACAGAGAGAAGAGCUGCAGCUCUGACCAAAAUCAAAUAGACACUAAAGCACUUUUUCCCCUGAGGAAAAUCCAGUUCAAGCCUUUAUUCAUUUACAUUUUCAGUGUCAUUAAGUAUCCACGUGUAUGCAGGUUGAGCAGUUUGUCACAGAGAAACGGUUGUCCUGUCUGAUGGAGGUGCUGCUGCUGAGGGUAUCAGCUGGUUUCUAAUCAAUCUGUGGGAUAUGUUCCUCCUCAGACUGCAAUUAGUCCUGCAGAGAUUACUCGAAGGCUUCUUUACAUCAGCGUCCCACAGCCUCACUCGUGUGGCUGGGUGGGUUUACCACUACAAAGCCAGCAGAGGUUGUGUAACCAGUUGCCCUGCCAUCUGCUGACAUGUGGUAUCGUGUCCAGGGUUAACUUUGCUGCAGGCUGGUAAUCAAACCUCAUCGCCGGCUUGUUUUCACAGCUUUUCUGUGCUCAUGUCAUUUCAGGAGAGAGAGUUUGCUUGUUGGUGUUUGUCUGAACCUAAACUCCACUUAUAGACCCUGGACCUGGUGUCUUAUGUCAGAGUUUUCUUGUACACCCCAUUAAACUGAACUCUGUAAUGUAUUUAUUGCUUGUUGUAAUAAACCAAAAGAUUCAA